GGUGAAGGUGAGAAUUGGUGAGAAUGCGUGAGAAUGUGACGAAGACCGUGGGCGCGCUAACACAGGCGACUGCGGACCACGACGGAGUGGGACGCGUUUCGUAUACCGUGGACACACAGUGAAAGCGACGGCGACGGCGACGGUGACGGAUCAUUAGCAACGACCGUUGGCGGAGGAAAGAAGCGCUGCGGUUACGACGAGUGCGGUAGCGCGACCAUCAUCGCGUCGUUGCGUUUCGGACGCACGGAUCACGGUUAUCACGUUGCUCGGUACGUUUAUUGCCAGGCAGAGCGCAUUUACUCCGAUUUUACUCGCCUUUACGCUGACGACUACCUCGCAAGCGCGCGCUAUCUCUCUCUUUCUCUCUCUCUCUCUCUCUCUUUCUCUUUUUUUCCUAUCUGUCUCCUAUCUUGAGGCGCUGAGGACGAUCAGCUGUUGUAGGUGUUCCGCGUAUACGUCGUUAGUGAACCCCGCAGCGCGAACCGACACCGAAUCUCGGAGUACUAAAUGUAACAUCAAACAGUGCAGGUGCGAAAAGCUGUUACGACACUCAGAAAUGAGAUGGUUCAACGACGGUGCUGUUUCAAAAGUCUGACGCGCUGCACGUAGAGUCUGUGCAGGAGGUGACGCUCGAACGGCGGAGAUUAUGACGACGAGCAGCGUGAGAGUCGAUCGACAUUCGCGCAGCUACACCACGGUAAACCGUGCGAGUCCGUCAUGUACAUAUGAUUAUCCGGGUUCAUGCGUUCCCUUACUAUCAGCGGCGAGCGAACGACGACGACGGGCGCGGAAGGAAGCAGUCCCCCGGGCGGGGAUCAGCGAACGCAGGCCUCCUCGUCGUCUGUAACUAGUAGUGACAUCCAGGGGAUGCCUAGCCUACACUCGCUCGUCUUACGACGAGCACCACUGAUGGACAUGGGUACCGCGACCAGUUCGGUCACGUCUGUCACUCCUCCCACUAAGUUAGCGACCAGCCAGAAGAAGAUCGAGAAGAGCAAGCUCAGUGGUAUCAGAUUACCUCUGAUACGUAAGGAGGCCAGCGUGGUGAAUCUCUCUUUGACUGAGAGAACUGCGCCAGGUAGAGAAGCAGACGCGCCUCUCCUGCGUCCUGAGAGCAGCGCGAGUCUGGAGGCACGUGGAAGCAGUUGGAUAAAUCUGGCUCCUGGCGCGCUGAGGAAAUGCGAGACCGCUGUAGGACUGAGUACCUCUGCACUUGAGGGAAGACCCAUAAAUCGCAGCAGAGUGUGCUCUCGCUGCUCCAGCCUGUUGUCCUUGGCGUCCAGCUCGCGUUAUAGCCUAGUGGCUGGCAAUUUUGUUCCUGCAGGCUCACAGCAGACAAUUGGACGGAUAUUUUGUAAAUUGUGUCUUGUUGACACUUCUCUCUCCAAAACAUUUAAAAUCGAGGGAUGUGGUUGUUCCUAUUGUAAAGAUUGCAUGCGUGCCUAUGUAGAAUUUGAGAUUGAGGAAGGCGCGUACGAGAUUAGUUGUCCUGAUGCUCAGUGUGAUCAUGGCGCUAUAUUAUCUUUGAAGGAGAUAUCAAGUCUUGUCAAUACUGACCUUGUGGAGAAGCAUUGCAAGUUUCGUUUAAAUAGAGAUGUGUCGAUGGAUAAAGGACGUGCAUGGUGUCCACGAGCGGGUUGUGAAACAAUAUGUUCGAUAAAUGGCAACAGUGGAAGCGGCACUCCUUUAGGUCCUGUUCACUGUCCCAACUGCUCCACAGAUUUCUGUUCAAUAUGUCGCGAGCCUUGGCACAGCGGACCUUGUUCAGAUCUUCCGUUAGGAAUACCAUUUGGUAGCGAUCACAUUAAAUGUUGUCCUAUGUGUUCUGUGCCGAUAGAAAAAGACGAAGGUUGUGCUCAAAUGAUGUGCAAAAGAUGUAAACAUGUGUUUUGCUGGUACUGCUUAGCAUCCUUAGACGAUGACUUUCUGUUGCGACACUACGACAAGGGACCAUGUAAGAAUAAAUUGGGCCACUCACGUGCAUCCGUGAUAUGGCAUCGAACGCAAGUGAUCGGGAUCUUCGCUGGUUUUGGCCUACUUCUACUUGUCGCAUCGCCCUUACUAUUAUUAGCGGCACCUUGCAUCGUAUGCUGUAAAUGCCGUGUUUGCGGCUCUUCCAGACUCGAACAAGAGGAAGGCGACACGACAAUAUAGGACCUUCCAAACUUUUUAAUAGAUUCUUGCUUAAUUGUUUUUUUGAACUAAAAUAUAAGCACUCUUCCUAGGCUUCCAUACAUGGGAGACAAUAUAAUUGGCAACUUAUAUAGAUAUACAUUGCAUUUUUUGUUAAGUUUAUGUUUUAUUUUUGUCCGCCUUACUAGAAGGUACAUAAUACAAAAGGGCAAGAAUGUAUAUCUCAGUUAAGAGAGCAGAGACAGAGCAUAUUGUGUGAUUAAUAAUACUUAUAUUUAUGUUUUAUUUAGAUAUUGUUUGGACAGAA